CGUCCUGCUCUACCUAAGUGGAAGUUUCAUCAUCUUCGUCCCUCGUCUAAUAGAAGACCCCUCCUCCAUCGGUCUUCUCUUCCUUUUUGAAAUAAUUGAUAUGAAUAGGCUGAUCUGAACGAAAGAAGAUUUCUUUUCGUGUUUUUCUGCAUCUGGAUGCAUUUGGAAAACCUAGACCCUCACUUGCACGAAACCAACACUUGGGAUACCCAUGCUAAUGGCUACGAGUCUACCUGGGACACUGUGUGCCGGUGCCGGGGGGGCUCGCAAAGCAUCAAUUGCCUUUUGCAUCUCAGCUCAGUUAGCAAAAAAGAAAGCAAAAGGGCGGGGGGCGGCAAUGAGUGGUUGGUGUAAAAGGCGGCCGUAUGCAUCUUGUUUGACAGCUGUAUUCAUUACAGAUCAGAUCAGGCCAUGUCAAUGAAUCGGAUCCCAGGCUGGUUUAUUUGUCGGCUGGGUCUUGCCAUCAGUGAUUCAUAGAUUAACGCUAUCAUGUAAGGUCUGACUCAGUUGGGACUCCUGCAAGCACUAGACAUUACAAACCUUCUCCUUCUUCCAUUCCAGGACUGGGCUGCUAAUUACUACUUACCCUUUUCCAUUACCUCAAUAAACUGUUAAGAUUAGGGGUAUAUUUUAUUCCACAAUAUUCAAAUUAUUUUAGAUCUAGCGUGGACUAGUAAUAGUUCUUUAGUUUGAAAGAUUAGGGAUUAAAUAAAAAAGGAGAGGUGGACGGAGCGUGUAGCCGUGGCCCCACCACCACCCCUGGGUCCCGAUCGUUUUUAGUUUAGGAGGGCUUGAGGGUUAUUGAAGUAUUAUUGUUAAUAGAGUAGAGGGGGUGGGAAAUGGGAUCCAAGCCAUGGCUUCACCCAGCUCCCGCCUAUCGGGCCUUGGAGACUUACUGGAGUUCUGAUGAUGAUGCUCCUGGUCCUCGAUGUAGCCACACCUUGACUGCCGUAGCUGCUACCAAAUCUCAUGGCCCUCGACUCAUCCUCUUCGGUGGUGUCACCGCUAUCGAGGGCGGCGCUUCCUCCGCUCCUGGAAUCAGAUUGGAUGGAGCCACUAAUUCGGUUCAUUCUUAUGAUGUUCUUACUAGGAAAUGGACUAGAAUACAAGCUGCUGGAGAGCCACCGUCUCCUAGGGCUGCGCACGCGGCAGCUGCUGUUGGUACUAUGGUAGUUUUUCAGGGUGGGAUAGGUCCAGCUGGGCAUUCCACCGAUGAUCUCUAUGUGCUUGACUUGAGCACUGACAAAUUCAAGUGGCACCGAGUGGUUGUACAGGGACAAGGGCCAGGGCCUCGUUAUGGCCAUGUAAUGGACUUGGUUGCCCAAAGGUACCUUGUUAUUGUCAGUGGCAAUGAUGGUAAAAGAGCUCUAUCUGAUGCCUGGGUUUUGGACACUGCCCAGAAACCAUAUGCAUGGCAGAGGCUAAAUCCUGAAGGUGAUAGACCUUCUGCUCGAAUGUAUGCAACAGCUAGUGCCCGUUCAGAUGGAAUGUUUUUGCUUUGUGGUGGAAGAGACUCCUUUGGCACAGCACUUGGGGAUGCUUAUGGGCUUCUAAUGCAUAGAAAUGGUCAGUGGGAGUGGACCCUUGCGCCUGGGGUGUCUCCAUCAACAAGGUAUCAACAUGCUGCGGUUUUUGUUGGUGCACGUUUGCAUGUUACAGGAGGAGCCCUAAAGGGAGGACGCUUAGUAGAAGGGGAAGCAGCUGUUGCUGUGCUGGACACUGCUGCGGGCGUUUGGUUGGAUAGAAAUGGGAUAGUUACUUCUUCUAAAACCAGCAAGGGACAUGCUGAAUAUGAUCCUUAUUUGGAGCUAAUGCGUCGUUGUCGCCAUGCAUCUGCAUCUGUUGGUGUUCGUAUAUAUGUCUACGGUGGUCUAAAAGGAGAUGCAGUGCUAGAUGAUUUUCUGGUUGCUGAAAAUUCCCCAUUCCAGUCAGACAUGAAUUCUCCCAUUUUAACAUCUGAGAGAGCCUCAACAAUAACAAGUCCGCGAUCAAACCAUUAUAAUUUAAAUUCUUUUGGAACGACUACCCCUGAUGGUGGAUCAGAGAUCCCUUUAUCUGGUGGUAUCAGCAGCAUGGACAAAAAUUCUAUGGAGAAAUUAAGGGAGGCAUCUGCUGCGGAAGCUGAGGCAGCUAAUGCUGUCUGGCAAGCUGCUCAGGCAGCAUCUUCCAAUCCUGCAGAAGAAACAUCUGUAUCUGAUGACAAUUCACAAGUGGCAGAAGCAACUUCAGAUGGAAGUGACAAUGAGGCUGAUGUUCGCCUUCAUCCUAGAGCUGUGGUGGUUGCUAAAGAGGCUGUGGGAAACCUGGGUGGGUUGGUAAGGCAAUUGUCAUUGGAUCAAUUCGAAAAUGAAAGUAGAAGGAUGCUUCCUAUGAAUAAUGAUGCAUCUUAUCCUGCCAGAAAGUUCACCAGAAAAAAAUCUCCUCAAGGCCUGCAUAAGAAGAUUAUUUCCAUGUUGCUUAGGCCUCGAAACUGGAAAGCUCCUGCAAAUAGGAGAUUUUUCCUGGAUUCUUAUGAAGUUGGGGAACUUUGUUAUGCUGCUGAACAAAUAUUUAUGCAAGAGCCAACAGUUCUGCAAUUGAAAGCCCCAAUAAAAGUCUUUGGUGAUCUUCAUGGACAGUUUGGUGACUUAAUGCGUCUAUUUGAUGAAUAUGGAUUUCCAUCGACAGCAGGAGACAUUACGUACAUUGACUAUUUGUUUCUGGGAGACUAUGUUGAUCGAGGGCAGCACAGUUUGGAGACCAUAACUUUGCUUCUUGCUCUUAAGAUUGAGUAUCCCGAGAAUGUCCACCUGAUACGUGGUAACCAUGAAGCUGCUGAUAUAAAUGCGCUCUUUGGUUUUCGUAUUGAAUGCAUUGAAAGAAUGGGAGAGAGUGAUGGAAUAUGGGCAUGGACACGUUUCAAUCAACUUUUCAACUGUCUUCCACUCGCUGCGCUUAUUGAGAAGAAAAUUAUCUGUAUGCAUGGUGGCAUAGGAAGAUCCAUUCAUUCAGUGGAACAGAUUGAGAAGCUGGAGAGGCCCAUAACAAUGGAUGCUGGAUCUAUAAUUCUAAUGGAUCUUCUAUGGUCGGAUCCUACCGAAAAUGAUAGCAUAGAGGGUUUGAGACCAAAUGCUAGGGGUCCUGGUCUUGUCACUUUUGGGCCUGACCGUGUAUCCGACUUCUGUAAGAAAAAUAAGUUACAGCUGAUUAUUAGGGCACAUGAAUGUGUCAUGGAUGGGUUUGAACGGUUUGCCCAAGGGCAAUUGAUUACUCUAUUUUCUGCAACCAACUAUUGUGGGACUGCAAACAAUGCUGGAGCUAUACUGGUAGUUGGCAGGGGUUUGGUUGUGGUUCCAAAAUUAAUUCAUCCCUUGCCACCUCCCCUUCAGUCACCAGAGACGUCUCCGGAACGUGUCAUUGAUGAUGCAUGGAUGCAGGAGCUUAACAUCCAAAGACCACCAACUCCAACACGUGGUCGCCCUCAACCUGACCUUGACAGAAACUCACUUGCGUACAUAUGAUGCUACAAGACCCCUUGUUUGUAAUCUGUGGAAUUUCAUUGCAGCACCUGUCUUUUCUUGCACGCUUGACUGUUUCGUUGGUCAAUUUCAUUCAGCAUGUCUCCCACUGUGCACAAGUCUGGUGCUUGUGUUGUAUUUUUAGAUAUACAAGUUGCAGAAGAUAUAAAAGUACACAACUUGAGAAUGAUCCAAGGUUUAGCUGUUAACUAGUGAGUGUAACAUAUGUACAAUAUAGCACGCAGAAAAGAUGGUAUUUGUAUUUCUACUGUUGAUAGAUUAUAGAGUGAUCAACUUUUUUGUAAAAUAGACAAGGAGGUAUUUAAUUUACGGUAUAUAUUCAUUUGAUUUCUA